AUGGAUAAUAUUGGCAAGAGCAUGAAGCAAGAGAGCAAGAAAGUAGGUCUCAUCACAAAAACAUGGGAGACAUGCAAGUCCAUAGGACGAGGAGGGGUCAAGACUAAAUAUCCAUCCUCAGUGACUCCAACGACAAGAAGAAGCAAAUCAUGGCCUAAUCUACGAGGCGAUGAGAUCAAGAUAGGAAAGAAAGUUGCACCGGAAGGAUGCUUUUCGGUCUACGUCGGGCCUCAAAUGCAAAGGUUUGUGAUAAAAACCGAGUAUGCUAACCAUCCUUUGUUCAAGAUAUUGCUUGAAGAAGCUGAAUCUGAAUAUGGUUAUAGUUGUCAAGGACCUUUGGCUCUUCCUUGUAAUGUUGAUGUUUUUAUCAAAGUGUUGAUGGAAAUGGACCAUGAAACUCCUCCUCGAGGUUGUACUUUUAGUGGAAACCGCUCCCAUUCCUCUUAUGAACUUCUUAGUCCUUCUCGAAUGAUCAACUUAAACAACUUUUGA